CUCGCAUAGGCUCGCAUGUUGCCCGAAGCCCUGCUCAUCCAUCACCAGCGGACAUCCCUAUCUCGCCUUCUUCGCAGGUCUGGCCCACCAACCACUUAGCGGACUCUGACAUAGCCAUCGCCGUUCACUACCGCGUCGACCUCGACGUCCCCAUCAGCUGUGCUAACCUCAGGUGUGCACCGACUCGGAACACCCACAGCUCUGGAUAUGUCUGGCACCAAACGCGAUAGUCUUUUCCCUGCGGGCUCUAUUGGUCGCUCGCAAGGACCUCAGUUCCAGCGAUCGGCCUCACCAACGCCCUCUCUCACUCGUGAACCUUUGACGGCCCAUCCACUUCUCUCUCCUACUCCAUCAACUUCUCAAGUAAACACCGUUCCUGCCACGACUUCUGAAACUACGCAUCUUUCCGCGACUCCUCGAUAUGUUCCAUACACUCCGAGGCAUCGAACGGCUGCUGCAACGACGGGGACAACCCUGCAAUCCUCCCAGCCCGUGGCGCCACAACAGCAGGGAGGAGGGGCCACGAAUAAGUUGCAGCUCAUGAACCUCAAAGCAAGUGCCCAGUCUAUAGGACUUGAUACUGGGAGUAUUGGUUGGGAGAUGCUAGAGAAACUCGUAGGAGAACACGACCAUACCCCGGAAUGGAAUGAUAUCUGGUCAGCGCUGACUACAGGAAAGGGAACACUGUUGCUACCUCUUGAGCAGGCCACACAUGGAAAUAUCACUCCCGAUUUCAUGAAGGACCACAUUGUACUAUGCGACGGAGACUCAAGGGAUAACGCCUCCAUAGUCACUCUCUCGGGUCUCAGAGGUACCCUCACAGAUACCACCUUAAUUUUACGGUCAUCCAUUCAACCGGGGUCCUCAAUAUUUGAAAGUCUUCUAACGCCUACCAAUCGUGCUUCCGCACUCGCGUCACUUCCACCAUUACCUCUUGUCUCGUCCUCGCCACUUUCUCAGACGUAUCCAACCUUCGCGUUGGAAUCUCACACAUUUACGCUGUCUUUGCCUCCACAUGCUGCAUCCAAACCGCCACUCCCACCCCGGCCAUCCCAACGUCCAGGAACUUCACCUGCCGGCUCUCGUCUCUCCAGCUCAUUCGCCUCCCUCUUUGGGAAACCAUCCCCAUCUACAACCACAUCCCCACUGCCGUCUGUAACACAACCCGAAGCGGAACAUGCCGUCGAAGUAUCCGCUUUUUCUAUCGACCGACGCAUCAUCCGGAAAGACGUGAACAAGACCGUCAAUAAGGCCAUCAAAGCCGAAUUGAAGGAGGCGCUCUCGAUGUCGGGCGUACCCUCCUGGGCCAUCGAUCACGUACAUGAGUUCACAGCAGGCUUAUAUCCGUUCGUUAAGGGCCCUCAGCAUGGGAAGGGGUCGUUCACGACGAAUGGAGGUUCGCCCACAACUCCAUCUUAUGUCAUCGACCCUCCCAAAGAGACGUCGGAGGAGCUGUCACAGCAGUUCCAGGACCUUUAUUCCGGGUUGGAGGAAGAAAUGCGGACUGUUAAGAGCCCCAUAACCGCGAAACCCAGGACGUCGACGUUCUCGGACGCGGAAGCAGAGAAAGAGAAGGAGAAGGAUUCGGUACGCCAUACUGCAGAGGAUGACAGGGCAAAGGAAAUCUUGGAAGCUAUAGAGAGGGUUGUCUGUUCGCUAUUCUAUGAUAGGCUAUAUCUACAACCGUCCUCGGACGACGCGUCUCAUGACAAGGCCCUUUCUGGCCGCAUUACCGCACUCAACAAACUUGACCUUGGAUUAGAACACCUCGGAGUCGAUGUGGGCAAGUCUGGUCCGGAUGUCGAUAUCCUCCUCGCGAGCUGUGGCGAAACUUUAUCCCAGCUCGACCAGUCCGCAUGUCGGUGCCCUGCCGAUAAAGCGGCGAUUCUUGUGGCAGCACACAAGAUCUUGGUCGAUGGACUUUCUCGUCUACCACCUAUACGCCUGAAGUCUGAGGCUGAACUUGAAAACCAGUCCACUCCGGGCACGACCACUGCAGGCACCCCUCCUCCCAAGGAAGAGGAUGAUACACGACCAGAGAAGCCCACAAUUGAGAUGCCAACAGAAACCUCAGUUUUCCUCACACCGGAUGGUGAAACACCACCGCCAAUCGUUGUCUCUCCCGAUACGGACCUUCCAUUUGAGCUACCAUCCGUGACCCCGUUGAGCGACGUACCUACAGAUCCUCUGACGCCACCACCCCGCGUUUCUUCGCUUCCUCCCCCUCGUGCGACAUCACCGCGACUGGUCGUAUCACCGCCACCUACCCCUACCCCAGUUUCUGGUGAUCUCAUCCUGCCGCUCAUGAUUUACGCCGUCGUGCGGGCGAAUCCCCAGCACCUCGUGUCGCAUCUUUUGUUCACCCAACGUUUCCGCAACCAGAGUUUCGGUGGCGAAGAGAGCUACUGUUUGGUCAACUUGAUGGCCGUGGCGGAUUUCCUGGAGAACGUGGACCUGAAAGCCCUUGGACUCGGCGACAGCGAAAAGAAUGUCACGAGUACCGCCAAUCUGACGCCUAUACCUGUCGCGCAAGCUGCUCUGUCCCCACACUCCCCGACUUUGCCCCAAGGCGUCCCAUCGCGCCUCCGUGGCCGUGUCGAACAACAAGUAGACGCCAUCGCCGGCUCCGCGAAUAAGGUGAUAUCAGGCGUCGUAGACUCGUCUUUUGGGGUGUUGCGAUCAUUCCUUCCCGGAACGCCAGACGGCCAACAGCAACAGAACCUGGACUCGGAUGCUGCAUCGUGGAAUGCUGUGAGACCUGCGUUUGGUCUGCUCAGGAGGGAAAGCGGAUUCUCGAUCGCGAGCCUUGCGGCGUCGUUACCCGGAAGGGAAAGGGCAAAGUCGACGACUUCGGCGGUGGGGAUGCCUGUGGAGGAGGGUGGACAGAUGAUGAUUGAGGUUUCAUCGCGGCCUGGAUCUAUCAGGUCCGCAUACGUCUCAGAUGAAGGCGAAAGCGAGGAGGGGAGCGAAGAGGAGGAGGAGGAUGGCGAAGAGGAAGAAGAGGACGAGGAGGACGAGGUGGCUGGUGGACAUGAUACGAGGAGUAUCAGGAGCUUCGAGAGCAUGAUGGCGAAGAGCGGGAAGAGACGACGCCAUGCCAAGAAACGGAAGACGCUUUCGGAUCGCCUGGCGAGUAUGCCUGGGUUGUCUAAGUUUGCCACACAGCCAGCAGUGGGCUCGCCGCCACCCUCAAGGCGCUCUUCACUUCUGCCAGUACCAAAUGCUGUAGCGAAUAGGUUCGAUACACCCGAUUCGUCACGAGUAGCCUCGCCUACGCCGAUGCGCAUUGCGCCGCCUCACAAGCGGUUCAUGGAGUGCUCUGUGGAUGAUCUUAGGGUAUCGGAGGUCGGAGACCUAUUGAUGGAGUACAGGCGACUGGCCGAGGGAUUGAAAGCCAUAGGCGGCUUCGAUGAAACAUGAUAAUUGCACUGGUGCCCGCGGUCGAAUUAUACAACCGUAUAUUGAUCGAAUUAUAUUGGAGUUUAUCUAGACUUACUGUACUCAUUAUACAACGACAGAACACAUUGAUCUUUCCUGUUACUGAUAUGGCCAUUGUCAAGCGCCACAACGAC